AUGCCCCCAAAGAAAGUCGGCCAGCGGACUGACCAUGAAUCCUCGAUCGAGAAAACCGAGGAGUACGAGAACUUCUUGAAGGAGUUAGCUGUGUAUCAUGAGAAGAGAGNNGGUAGGCGUCCCAGCAGGCAGCCGGUGGAGAGCAAGAACAGAAGCGGUUCUAACGCAAUGCGCAGAACCACAAUGGAGAAUGAGCCGAAAGUCGAGACUCAGCACAUCGAUUUGCUGAAGUUGUAUAAACGAGUCAUCGCAGAAGGUGGAUAUGACCUGGUGUCGGAUACCAAGAAAAAGCCUCUCAUGUGGAGGAAGAUUGCCGAUGAGCUUAUGCCUGGCAUCAAGAAUCUGGCUGGCGCGGCCUUCCUGGUGAAGAGAGCCUAUUACUACAACCUGGUAGCAUACGAGAUAUCGACACACUGGGGUAAGGAACCACCGCCAAAGGAGGUGAUUGAAGAUGUGACAGCAAAGGGAGGCGACGUAAUGUCGAGGACGUUAGAGAACUACCCAAACUCGGCCACAAAAGACAAGAGCAUUGCAAACGGCAACUCGUCUGACAACGAAGACGCUGCCAAGGAUACCCACGACGACGGCGAGCCCGGAAGCGUGCGGUCGACCAGGGGAUUGCGCCAGGCGCCGCCCCAGCGCGUUCUUUUCCAACCCGACACGACCGCCCCACGUCAAACCCGUAACCAGGGCCAACACACCUCGCAGACUCCUGCCUCACCGUCGCCUGCGUAUGCCAACACCACCCCCAUGACUUUGGCAACCUACGAGCCGCAGCAGCAGCUGCCAUUGACGCUCAAGCCCGUCACAACCCCAGCCAACAACUCUGAGCACUACCGCAUCAAGCGCAAGCUGGAACAAGAGGCACAGGCCAGCCAUGUUGCAAAGAAACACAGAGGUCUCAUGCUGCCAGGCACUGGCUUUAUCGGACCAAACAUCUAUGUCCGCGCUCAGCUAGCUCUGCAGUCCGGUCAGCCCGACGAAGAAGAGUAUGCCUUACACCAUCUUGUCAAAAUCUCCCACGAGCGAGGCGAUAAGUACCGCUUCGAUCAGUUCGCCGGUCUGGCCGAGGCCCUCGUCAACAAGUUGCUGCAGGUAACCUCUCUCUUCUACGACCUUGAGUGGGUCAUCUCUUACGACGAAGCUUCUGGUCCGCGCAUUCUGGACGCAAUCAACGGCACGCCUGAUCUUCUACAGAAGCUGCAGUCUGCUGUUCUUUUGGACACUGCUCAUUCUGUCGAGACCACGGAGUUCAGACAGGCCCUGGGCCGCAUUACUGAGGCCGGUCUUGUCAUUCGCAACAUGGUCAUGCUGGACGAGAACGCUCAAUACAUCGCCAAGCUACCUCUUCUGCGCGACUACUUCUGUAUCGUGCUCAACUUGCAACCCCAUCCCGCUAUAGUAGAGCUACAGUACUACGCUCUCGAGACCAUCGAACAACUCACAAAGCACUACGACCUCGACGCAACCGAUCUUCUGUACGAAACCCUGCUUGCUCAGCUGGAAUCCAACGACCGUGGCAGAAUCGUUACCUCAUUGCGUGCUAUCGCUCGACUUGGCAUGGCUUACGAGGAAAACAAGCGACUCGAGCUCGUUCCUCUUGAGAUUGUUCAAAAGCUACCUGAUUGGAUGAUGUUACCCGAUGAGGAGCUGCGUUCUGCAUGCUUGGACUUCCUCUUCCAGUACACUAGUAUCGCUGACAAUGUCGAGACACUGGCGCUGGAUGCCGAUGUUCAGAGCCUCGUCAAGCAGCUAUCUGAUCUGUUGCUCUACAACGCAAAGAAGGAAGUGCCUAAGAUGCACAAGCCUCGCCCUUUAGAGCCUCAUUACGACUCGGAAAGCUCAGCUCAUGUUCCACGCCUGUGUCAUGAUGUGGUAGAGUCACUGCUGCAGUAUGCCGAGCCCGACCGUAGUUCACGCUGGUAA